AGAUUUCAAUCACAAAAAAAGAAAACUGAAAACAGAUUAAGAAAGAAAACCUCAACCUUUGCGAAAUUAAUAUCAAACCUCAAACUUGUACGGAACUAUGAAUACUCAUGUUUGGAACAGCAAUGUGAACGGCUAUGAUCAUUUUGACCCUUCCACAACGACACUGUUUCAAGACAUGGAGGCUCCGGCUGCAGCAGCUUCGCCAAUUUCCAAGAGUCCGAGCUUCCGGAGCAUUGUCUUGGCGGAGAAUUGGGCAGAGCUGCCGUUGAAGGAGGAUGAUACCGAUGACAUGGUAAUCUACGGGGCUUUGCAUGAAGCUGCAACUACCACUGGCUGGUUCCCCAGUAGUAACGAGGUGAACAAUGUCGAUGUAGCCGUUAAAAUAGAAGAUCAAGGUCAAAGUAGUGAUACUUCGGAGGCACGUGUGAUUCACGCGCCAACUAAUGGUAAAAGUUUAGGCUACCGUGGAGUGAGAAGGAGGCCUUGGGGGAAAUAUGCUGCCGAGAUAAGGGAUUCUAAAAGAAAUGGCGCGAGGGUGUGGCUUGGGACUUAUGAAACAGCUGAGAAUGCUGCUUUGGCUUAUGAUCGAGCUGCGUUUAAGUUACGCGGCUCGAAAGCCAAGCUGAAUUUUCCUCACUUGAUCAGUUCAGAUUACACUGAAUUGGUUAAUAUCACGCGGAAAGAGCGCUAGUUGAGUCGAUUAUUAUCAAAUAAGUAUAUGUGAUCGAUGAUACAUUUUUCAUAUCCAAGCUAACACGUAUAAUGUGAGAUUGCUAUGGAUAAUUUGUAAUAACUUUUCCCCUUUUUAGUAUGUAGCAAAUUGAUGGAACUUACAUAAUCUUCCAUUCAUAUGAAACCAAAGUUAUUAAGUCUCAUAUAAAAUGUUGCUCUUUAAUUCAUUUUUUCAAA